UCUUUCUGAGGGGCAGCAGGACAGUUCUCUGUAGCGUUGGCUAGAUUCACCACAGGGAGUGUGUGUAGUGUGGCAAGUCAUUUAGAGAGUGUGGAAGGUCACAGAGGAGAAAGGUUGUUAUUUGGGAUCUGAAGGCUGUUGAUAUAAGCUGUCUGUGGCAUACACCUGUUCUCUGAUCAAAUGAUAAGGCGUUUCUCCUUCACAGGGAACCGACGACUGAAUCUCUUGUCCUACAAAGGCUUCCUGCAGUUUAAUGGGAGCUGUGGAAGUCUCCGUAGCAGUGGGGGCGCAGGUCUGGCACACUAAGGACAACUGUGGAGGAACACAACCACCGCAGCCAUGGAUGACCUGGCCAAUGACUCUGCUGUGCGGCCGCUGCUGUCGGAGGCACGUCUCAUCUACGCCAUCACCGUGCCCCUGUCCACCGCCAUCAUCCUGGCCAACCUGGUCAUCAUCCUGAGCAUCUCCUGUAACCGUCAGCUCUACAACACCCCAAACUACUUCUUCCUGAGCCUGCUAGUGGCUGACCUGUGUACGGGCGUGGCCCUGCCGUUCAUCCCCUGGAUGGGACUCAACCGCCCGCUGAGUUUUAGCUCCUGUCUCCUGGUUCAUAUUUUUCCGAAUUUCUUGUUUCUGGCGUUCCUGUUUAACCUGGUGAUAGUUCAUUAUGAGAGGUACAUGUUCAUCGUGAGUCCGUUACAUUAUAGUAGCUUCUGGGUUCACCGCCGCUUCCCGCUGGCGCUGCUCGCCGUGUGGGCGCCGCCACUGCUCUACGCCUCCCUGCCCGCCUUCGGCUGGAACAACCGGGCCGGCCCAGGGUGGAACGGCUGCUGCUCGUUUAACGACACGGGCGCGCCGGGUGCGCCGGUGAACUGUUCGACCGUGGUGACAGCGGGAGCGGCGCCGGUCGGCUCAGAGUGCUGCUCUUACAGACGGGUUUUCCCCAACGCCUUCAUCUACCUCGAGGUGUACGGGCUGCUGGCGCCUGCCAUCCUGUCCAUCGCGGGCAUGACGGGACGUGUGCUGUGGAUCACCCGGGGCCAGAUGAAGGACAUCUGCCGGCUGCACCGCUCCGUGGCGACCAGGGGUGGUGGUCAGACCUCGGAACGGGAGCAGAGGCUCAACCUCCGCUACACGCGCUGCGUUGCUGCUGUGUCGCUGACCUUCCUGGCCUGCUGGGUGCCCUACAUCAUCUACACACACGUCUGUGUGACGUUUCUGCUCAGCAAGGAGACGCGCGGGAACUCCACCACACACAUCGUGCUGUCGUGCACGGGGAUCGGGAGCAUGGCAGUGAUGCCGCUGGUCCUGGGGUUGGCCAACAGGCAGUAUACGGACCCGGUGAGGAAACUUCUCCAUAAACUCCGAGACAGAUGGAGGAGGAGACAGGACUCUGAGGAUAUGGCUCUCUGAGUAGCCAGGACAGGACUGCUCUCACUUUGGGGAUGGACGUGUGGGAUUAUAAAUGGGGAUUAUAGCAUAUGGAUGAUGAAGCAUCCUCUACUCCUCGAUGAUGUUUGAUUGCAGUGGCGCCCCGAGUCUGUGGACCCUGGCUGUAAGGGAGAAGUUGCAGAAAGACCCCAUUCGAUGUGCAGGACUGGUAGGGUUGCCCCACCUCUCCCAUGUCUGUCAAUUUAUAGUCACAGCAUUGAAAGCAUGUGUGACUCUUGCCAUUGGGGCCAUUGAGCGCGUUAUGUUUAAAGCCAUUAGUAUACACGUGUACACUAUUUGGGUAGUCAUAAUAAAUUCAAAACAAUCACUGUAAAAGUCACCAAUCUUUUUAUUUUGAUUCAAUCCAUUAGAGAUAAACAUAAUGUUAUGAUUUAUCAACAGAGACCUCUAUUAUGAUGACCUGGGCUCAUUUCUAUAUGAAAGAGCAGAUGGGCCGAAUUAAGAUGGAUCUAAUUGACUACUCCAUCAAUCACUACAGCAUCUCAUCUCCUCCCCCUCCCCCUCUCUCUCUUUCUCUCUCUCUCUCUCUCUUUCUCUCUCUUUCUCUCUCUCUCUCUCUCUCUUUCUCU